AUGGUGUCAGGGAUUUCUGAACCUCAUGUUGUGGGUCUCCAGUUGCUGUUUGAGUCUGGCAACGAGUCUGCUAGCUUUAAUAUCAUCACCACCCAGGAGAACGGCAUCAGCGGCCCCGUCGGCGUUUCGGUGCAGCGCACGGGGCCCUCCACGUGGAGCACAUCCGUUGGCGCAAACACCUUCGGCCCUACUUAUCAAAACUACUUCACGACCCAAAAUACCGCCGGAGUGGCCACGUGUCGCCUUCUCCCGGACGGUAGCAUCGUCUACACCGCCGGGGGGGGCUCUGGCUGCUCCCCUUCGCAGAUGGGAGCCUUUUCCUCGCCGGUUACUCAACCCCCCCUAAACGCAGCAGGACCCAGGCUUCUCGGACCGGGGGUGUUGCCGGAUGCGACCACGAGAGCAGCUCUUAUCGCAGCAUCUGGUAAGAGCUUCAACCCGCUGUUUCGAGAAUUACAGCCGCCGCCAAACCAGCCGCCUCCAUCUUCAUCUCCCCCCCCUCCGUUCCAAGCAGUUCCGCCCCCCCCUCACGCGCCCUGCGACCCGAACUACGUCGAAUCGUGCAGUGGUACCGGCAACGGCAGCAUCGCAUUCUCGAUUCUCACGAGCGGCCAAAACAUGGAUUCUAUGGACGGGGGUUCGAUCACGUCCGCAAUGACUCCGAUUGCGAUUAGAUCGCUCGACUUCGGGCACACCCCACCCGCCCUUUUCACAAGCGCGGUCGCGGCCGCGAGUUCGUACAUCGCAUGCGCGGCGCUCUUCCUGACGCAAACGCCGGCAGACGGUUCCGGUUCCGCCCUGUUCUUCGCACCUGAUUCCGGCAUGCUGUCCUUUCUGGUGUCCGGCCCGGCGCCCAGUGGAUCCGUCUACAUGAUCGCCGGCGCCCAAACGAUGGGCUGCUCCGCGAGCGACGCGUGGCAAGCGGCGGCCGGCGCGACCGCGCCCGGGUGCGCGUGGCGUGUGACGCUCGCGGGCCUCUACGCGCGGUAUGACGCAAUCACGAGCACGGCUGCCACGUCAGCACUGCACCCGGAGAAUUGGGGGGGGCUUUACGGUUUGUACCUCUUCAAGAAAGCGGAGAUCGUGGUGCCGAGCAGUACCGUGACGGUCGAUCCCGCGAACGUGAGCAGCAUUCAGGGGGAAGCCGGAAGCAUGGAAAUGGGGGGGGUGUUUGGUUACGAGGCGUCCGUCUCUGGAACCGAGGGCAUCACCGCUUUUGCUGCUUAUUUUCCCGGGGAGAUACAGCCCGUCGACCCGACGGAUUCCGGUUCCGGCGGAAGCGGUUCUCGUCGGAGGCUCCUAACGGACAUAACGCCAACGGAAGCGACAGUAACCGCGCCCGUAGCAUCAGGUCUCUUGUUCCUGAAGCAAGGGAACCGGACAUUUGCACCCAACAACGGAACGCUUAUGUUCGGGGGCGUAAGCGAUGCGGGCGUGGACUCCUUCUUCCUUUCAGCUUUCCGGUACAGCAACUGCACGCCGCAACAACUGAACAAGGUCACGGGCUUCGACGGAUGUGUCUGGACUCAGGUUCCCCACAACAUCACGCUCGCUUACAACGCCACGGCGCAGACUAUGGCUUUGGGUAACCUGGGGAAGGGCACGUGGAAUAGCGUCUACAUGCUCUUGAGCGUUUCCUCCUUACCCCCUCCGCCAGCCCCCCCUGUGAUUGAACAGUCGCCCCCCCCAUCAGCUGAGACCGCUGGAAGUAACGGAUACUUGGCGCCUUUAGUGGGGGCCGUUGCAGGUCUGUUCGUUUUAAGCGGGCUGGUAAUGAUGGUAGCGUGCGGGAAGCGGAAGAAACGGCAGGAGUGA